AUCUUCUGCCAGGAGUAUCCUCCUUACUUUGAGAAGUAGGAUCGUACGGCUGUGUCGACACUCUGGCCAGCAGCUGUCCGGGACGUAAAGAUCUCCAUCUCACCUCGCACGAUGGAAUCCAGUCUGUCACCUUCAGCAGAUCCUUUACAUUUCAACACCAACAGCUAUGUCAAUUACAGCAACACCUGGAGGGGCUUCCCACAUGGUGACACUCUGCGACACAAUCACACCGUGACCCUCCAUGACCACCUCCACAACGCCCUCCUGGGAGUCUUCCUGGGGCUUCUGUCUCUCCUCACCGUUAUAAUGAACCUGUUGGUGCUCUACGCUGUGAAAAAGGAGAAGAGCCUCCACACUGUGGGGAACCUGUACAUCGUUAGCCUGUCUGUGGCAGAUCUGAUCGUCGGGGCAACGGUAAUGCCUCUGAACUUGGUGUAUCUGCUGGAGGAUGAGUGGAGGCUAGGUCGAACUGUGUGCCAGUUUUGGCUGAUUAUGGAUUAUGUAGCCAGCACGGCAUCCAUCUUCAGCCUGUUUAUCUUGUGUUUGGAUCGGUACCGCUCGGUCCGACAGCCUUUGAAGUACCUGAAGUAUCGGACGCGGGGCAAAGCAAGUGUGAUGAUAUGUGGAGCCUGGCUGCUGUCGUUGGCGUGGAUUAUUCCUAUUUUGGGGUGGAGGUCUUUCUCGUACGUCGAUCUCAAACCCGAGGAGGAGAACAAGUGUGACACAGACUUCCGUUUCGUCACAUGGUUUAAGGUCAUCACUGCGGUGUUCAAUUUCUAUGUACCAUCCAUUCUGAUGGUGUGGUUUUACACGCAUAUCUACUUGGCAGUACGACAGCAUCUCAGAGACAGAGAGAGAAUCAUCCAUCCGACAGAUUCCUUUGGGGAAAAUGAGAACGGGGGAAAUGUUCCCUGCCCUGAGGGACGGGAAUCCAAAUCACCCAAGACAGACACUGAAGAUUCAAUAAAACGAUUAAAAAGGGAGAAACUGCUAGAUCAGAACACCAUUGACCAGACUUAUUCCCUUGAAGACUCAGAUAAAACCAAAGCUGCUCCUUUUAGAGCUCACAGGAAAAUUGGUGUCAAGUGCCAGCAGACGUCACUUCUCUCUAUGACAACAAAACGACUCCGCAUGGUACAUAAGGACAAGAUGCCCCCAGAAGAGAGGCAGCCGUGCGGCGAAACCUCCCUCAAUCCUCCAUCAGCGCCUCAGGAUGGGACUUGUCCAGGUGGAAACCCUGAGAGCAAGCUUCAAACCUCCCUAAAUGAAUGUCAUGUCACUGUCCCCAACUCUGUGAGCAGAGUCUGUGACAUCAGUCAGGUGUCAGACAUGCAGAGGUACUCGGACGUGCUCUACAACAGCUUCGACCCCAGUCAAGCUCUGCCCUGGCCGGAGGAAGGUGUCGAGGACGCCAGAAUAGACCCAGAGAACGGGGUGACUCUGAGACAGGCGUGGCACAGGUUUAUUGACCAAUCCCGUCACCGCAUUCAGAGCCUGAGGAUCCACAAGGAGCACAAAGCAGCGAAGCAGCUCGGCUUCAUCAUUGCUGCUUUCUUACUGUGCUGGAUCCCCUACUUCAUCGCUUUUAUGGUCAUGGCGUUUUGCAAACAGUGUGUGCACCACGAUCUUCACAUGUUCACCAUAUGGUUAGGGUACUUCAACUCCACACUAAACCCGUUUAUUUACCCGCUCUGCAAUGGAAACUUUAAACGAGUCUUUAAAAAUAUCAUGAAGAUUCGUUUUUAACUAACCAAACCUCCACAAAAUAGUCAUAUAAGCACAAGUUUAAAUGAGUUCAAGCCAAAUAUAGAUUGUGGUUAUUACAUUUGUCCGUGUUUCUGUUCAAUUUGACUUGGUGUCAAAGAUAAGGUCAAAACAGUACUUUUUCACUCAAACAUUUCAAGGGGUCAUCAAGUAUUAAGAAUUACUUUGUCUAAUCAAACUGAUUGUCUAAAAAUAAUUUUUAAUAUUUUUAAAUGCAGUAAUGUCUGUUGGCUAGGCAACAGAAUAUAUUUCUGUCUCCCUAAAAAAGAGUCAUUGUUUUUUACCUCCACUUUAACUAUUUUGUAUGACCCACUUGACUCUGGAAGAAUGGUGUAAAAAAGUAGUAUUAUGUUAAAGGGCCUAUACCAUGCUUUUCUUAAACCUUUUGGAGUAAACUGUAUCUAUAUAUACGAUCAUAUAUUACCUUUGACACACUAAAAAAAACAAUUAUUUUAGGAAAUAUGAGGGUGGUGCACUGCACAGUUAUUGUUUAAAUAAAACUUUUGAGUUAAUAGAGUUAAGAAAAAAUUAUAUUAUCAUUGUGAUUUGCCGUCCCCUCCAACCUAGGCGGCCGCCUGGGUUGCCUUUGCCCAAUGUCGGCCCUGCGUACAUCAAACCGCACGAAAUUUAAAUGCUAAACCAAAUUACCGUUUCUUGGCCAUCGUUACACUGGAUCACAACACAAACAGCACACACAGCCGACGUCUGUACGACUAUGCACGAGCCGGGGUAGCUCGCGAAAGAGGCUAACGAAGUGUUUGUCUUUGCCUGGGGGGUGGUGCUGGCAGCACAGUUUCUUUCUUAAUGAGCCAUUCUUAAUUUAGGACGUAAGUUCGUGAGAGCCAUUGACAGUAAAAAUCACCAACUCAGUGACCUUGUGGUUGAGUGUCCGUCCUGAGUCUGGAAUGUCGCGAGUUCAAAUCCCGGGUGAGUCAUGCCAUAAACUCACUGCUUGACACUCAACAUUUAGGGGUUGGAUUUGGGGGGGGGGUUCAACAAACAAAUGGUUCUCGAGUGCAACUAUGUCUGCUGCUCACCCCUCCCCCAGGGGGUGUGUCAAAUGCAGAGAACAAAUUUCACACACCCAGGUGCGUGACAACUAAUGGGACUUUAACUUUAAAAUAAUUCAAUAAAUUAAUAUGUGCCAAUGGUGAGAACCCCGCUCCUUGUGCUGAGAGUCCAGGUUUUUAGAGGAUUACUCAGAAAUGCGUGAAUGGAUCAAAAUACCACUUUGGGGUUCUUCAUAGUGGAGAAUGAACUAUAAAAUACACUUAAAAGCUCAAAAAAUUGAUUUUGCAUAGUAUAGGCCCUUUAAUUCAAAUAAAUUAUUUCAUUUAAAAAAUCAAUACUGACACAUUAAGUGAUUUUAUCAGGCUGUGCUUAUCUUGUCUGCUUACUCUCAUCAUGAAUGCAAAAAAAAAAAAAAAAGAACAACCAUUAAAUUGAAAAAAAGGUUUAUGACUUUCAUCUGUUUUAAAAUGCGAUGUAGCAUCUGUUCUUGUUUCAUUAGCCUAUAAGCGUAGCAAAAAUCCCUCCACGGUGCUGUGGAAAAGUGAUCAUAAUCAUGAGACUUCUGUACUGUAUUUUUAUGAGACGAUUUGUUACAGACCGAUUGAAGACAAAAACAUCUCAGACUUAAAGCGUUUGGCGACCAAAGAAAGUUAAAGGUGUUAAAAAAUGCAAAAAAUGUAAAACAUUGUUUUUGAAGUUUAAAAAGGAACCUGUGUUGUAUUAAUUAUUUGUAUUUUUUUCUAUGUAUUUUUAAGGUGUACAACUGGAUAUCUUUUUAUUUUAUUUUUGAAUAUGGUGUCUAAGUUAGAGUGGUAAAGAUGCCCACGAUGUCUAGAUUGAACAAGGGAUUUGCCAAAUCUGCCCUGUGCAGUCCUGGAUGAGUCACGGCUCUGCUGAAAAAAAACAAGUUGGGGGCUGAAGCUAAGCUUAAAGUAGAGCUUAUAUAAAUGGUUUACAUAUAAGUGCACAUAAUCUGUUAUUAAAAACUACGCUGUUUUUUGGAGAUUUUUAUUGUUUGUACUAUUUUCUGUUAAGUGUUACACAGGACAGACGAUUGUUAAACAAAGGGGUCAAUGCUGGUUGUUCUCCUCACUGAUUGUGUUUGUAAGUUAAUACAUGUGUUUAAUUAUCAUUUUAUUUGUGCACUUCUACAAUAAAGUCAAACAGAUUUAAUUUC